AUGCGCGGUGCGAGGCUGCCAGUGCCUUUGGCCGUGGGCAACAGCCCGCGGCAGGCCUUGAGGCAAUGUUCCUCCUUUGCGCACGACCUAUUCCCUAAAUCGAUCUCCCCUAUCGUCUCUUCUGGCGAUCACAAUGGGGUAAACCGUCUCUAUUCAACCGCCUCGGCCGCACUCCGGAAUGGUCCCAACCCACUCUUACUUCGAAAUAACAGCUUUAAAUAUACCCCUUACUCAUCUCGCAUCGUCUCUCAAGCACGCCUCUUAUGCUCGACCUCGCGCCUUCUCCAAGCGAAACCACCCGUGAUCUCCAAAGGCCCAAUUACCCGGACAGCUCCGGAAGAGCCAGAAAAGGAAGAGGAACAAGGCUUUGAAUUGUCCGAGCGAGCAGCACAGGCAGCGCAGGUCAAUUUGAGUGCCAGAUUGGCCAAGGAUGGCGCAUCGGGAAAGAAGUCCGGAUUCGCGGAAAUCUGGCGGCUUUUGAAGAUCGCGCGCCCUGAGUCCAAGGCGCUCGGCUUUGCCUUCUUCUUCCUUCUAAUCUCCUCUUCGAUCACAAUGGCGGUUCCCUUCUCUAUCGGCAAAAUCAUGGACAGUGCGACCAAGAGCGUUGCCGAAGGUGGCGGCGAACUCUUCGGUCUCAGCAUGCCUAUGUUCUACACUGCUCUUGGUGGGAUUCUAGUUCUCGGCGCUGGUGCCAAUUAUGGGCGCAUCAUUAUCCUUCGGAUUGUCGGUGAACGAAUUGUUGCCAGGUUACGCUCUAAGCUUUUCCGUCAAACAUUUGUCCAAGAUGCCGAAUUCUUCGAUGCAAACCGGGUUGGUGACUUGAUCUCGCGCCUCAGCUCUGAUACUAUCAUUGUUGGCAAGAGUAUCACACAGAACUUGUCUGAUGGACUACGUGCUGCUGUCAGCGGUGCGGCUGGAUUCAGUCUGAUGGCUUAUACCAGUGCAAAGCUGUCCGUUAUCUUGCUUGUGUUGCUUCCUCCCAUUGGUCUCGGUGCUCUGUUCUACGGUCGAGCUAUCAGAAACCUUAGUCGCAAAAUCCAAAAGAACUUGGGGUCUCUGACUAAGAUUGCUGAAGAACGGCUGGGCAACGUCAAGACCAGCCAGUCAUUUGCCGGUGAAGUUCUCGAAGUCAGCAGGUACAAUAAACAAGUCCGUAAGAUUUUUGAACUCGGCAAAAAGGAGUCUUUAAUCAGCGCAACAUUCUUCAGCUCGACUGGCUUGAUGGGAAACAUGACCAUCUUGACACUGCUAUAUGUUGGUGGCGGGAUGGUUCAGUCUGGCGCAAUUAGCAUUGGAGAGUUGACCUCAUUUUUGAUGUACACUGCAUAUGCAGGCUCCAGCAUGUUCGGCCUCUCCAGCUUUUAUUCAGAGCUAAUGAAAGGCGUGGGUGCGGCGAGUCGGCUUUUCGAGUUGCAAGAUCGUCAGCCUACUAUUCACCCAACCAAAGGUCUUAGGGUUGAGACCGCACGUGGACCUAUCCGCUUCGAGAACCUCACGUUCAGCUACCCUACCCGUCCUGCUGUGAAGAUCUUCGAUCAAUUGAAUUUCGAGAUUCCCCAGGGAACCAACGUUGCAAUCGUUGGACCAUCUGGAGGAGGCAAAUCUACCAUUGCAUCUCUUUUGCUUCGCUUCUAUAAUCCUACCGAGGGUCGGGUUUUGAUCAACGGCAAGGAUAUCAACGGAAUGAACGCCAAAUCUCUUCGGAGAAAGAUUGGUGUGGUUUCCCAGGAACCCGUGCUCUUCUCUGGAACAAUCGCCGACAACAUCUCCUACGGCAUGCCCCAUGCAUCGCGCUCAGAUAUUAUUGCUGCCGCACGCAAGGCCAACUGCCAAUUCAUCAGCGAUUUCCCUGAUGGCCUCGAUACUCACGUUGGAGCUCGUGGAGCACAACUGUCUGGUGGCCAAAAGCAGCGCAUCGCCAUUGCGCGUGCCCUCAUCAAGGAGCCCGAUAUUCUGAUUUUGGAUGAAGCCACUUCCGCCUUGGACGCCGAAUCCGAGACUCUGGUUAACAGCGCAUUGGCCGCACUGCUUCGUGGCAACAACACAACAAUUAGCAUUGCCCACCGUCUUUCUACCAUCAAGCGCUCUGACACAAUCAUUGUCCUUGGAAACAACGGCAAGGUUGCCGAGCAAGGCUCCUACGAUGAUCUCAGCUCUCGCCCAGAUGGCGCUUUCACAAAGCUUAUGGAAUGGCAAAUGAGUGGAGGCGACACACAACCUGCUCCAUCUAAGCCUAUUGAGGUAGAUCAGCUCUGGGAGCUCCAAAAGGAGGAGCCCGAAGCUGAGCUGGAGGAUGAGGAGGAGGUAGACGAACAAGUGUCCAAGAAGAAGGACUAA